UUAUAGACACACAUUCAAGAAAUAAUUAAAAAACGUGCGCUAGGACGCCAUUACAAUUAGUUGGCGCUAGUUUCGAUCUCCUCGCCUACAACAUGUGAGUUCGCCUUUAUCAGCCUUAUUGUGCUUAUUGUGCAAUUUUAUCUGUGUCACACGAUUGAGACACAGACGAAGCAGCCGGUGCCGGUUCCGUGCAUUGAUACAUCGUCGUCGAGGAACUAAGUCGAGGAACUUUGUCUCUGCACUAAGUAAAUAUCUGCACGAUAUACGCUUAUUACACUUCUUGCCUCGUGGUAUCCGAAAUCUCUGGGAGAAAUGGAGGACAAGCUGCUGCAGAUGCUAGAAGAUGUUGGAUAUAAAGGUCCAAUGCUGGAUUCCAACAAACUGUCCGAGGCUUUAAAACUUGGUGCAAAAUCGCCGGAUUUCACUAGUCUUGUAAGCUGGUUUUCUGAGCAACUAGCAACAUUUGUGGACACGGAUGAGACUGUUCAUGCUACGGCAAGUGCGGAUGAUGCCAGUUCUUUCCUUUUAGAGUUAAGCUUCUUCCUUAAAGAAAUAGGAUGCAUGAAUUCAAAACUGAUGACUGGACAUAUGAAUGAAAGACUAGCUAAUGAAUCUGAAAGAUCUAUCCUAAUAGAGUUUUUAGCAGCAGAACUUAUGGCUUGCAAAUUAUUGGAGGCAAAAUGUCCUAAAGAGGAGAAACAGAUGGAAGUCACCAUUAAUGAAAGUGACACUGCAAGGCACUUGAAAAAUAUGCUGGUCACACUUAAGUUUCAAAAGCCACCAGACAAUAUUUCACCUGAAUUAUUGUUUUCAAGACUGGAAACUAAACUAUCAGAGGUUCUAAAGACUGUACCAUCGUAUCAUCUAGAUAAACCGCUCAUAAACGUCGAGCUCUCUGCUAAACAGUGGGAACAGCUAGGUAAAUUGCAGGAAGAAAUGCAUAAGGAAUACACUAUUCGCCGUGAGAUGUUGCUCAAACGCCUUGACGUUACAAUUCAAUCGUUUUUGUGGUCUGACAGGGUAAAAUCACAGGAGACUGAAAUAAACACUAGAUACAACGAGAGAAGAAAGACUUUGAAAAACGAACCGAAUGUGGCGCUGGCCGAUUUACUAGCAGCUAGAGACGAUCUAGCGGUGAUCGAGAAGACAAGUAACGCAAGUGUACGCAAGAACACACGAAGUAAAAUUAACAGUGUUAUUAUCGGAGCGGUGCCAGACAGAGGUGGUAGACCAUAUGAGCAAGAGCCACCUCCACCAGAGAUGCCUCCAUGGCAGAAGGAUAGAGUUCAAGGACCUCCGUCAUUCCAGGGUGGAAGAGGAGGAGGAGGUGGAGGCGGACGAGGUGGAGGCGGACGUGGUGGAGGCGGACGUGGUGGCGGUGGUGGAGAUAGAGGACGCGGAGGCGGCAGAGGCGGAGGCGGAGGCGGAGGAGGCGGCGGUGGUUAUCGAGAUCAUAAAGAUGCGAGUAAUAAUUUUGGCCAAAACUUGGACAGUCAGCUAUCUCAAUAUUCUGGACAUGGGCAUAGAGAGUGUUAUCCGGAUCAUAGAGACGCAGGAGGAUAUCAGAGAGGCGGUAGUGGUGGCGGCGGCGGAGGAGGAGGCUAUCGCGGAGAUUCCGGCGGGAAUUAUAGUCAAAACUACAAUCAGAAUUACAGUCAAAGUUACAGUCAAAAUUAUCAACAGCCACAGUAUUCCGGCCAGAGAGACUCAUACGGAGGUGACAAUCGAGGCGGAAACUAUUAUCAGGACAGGCGGGAAAGUGGGGGAAGGGGAGGCAGAGUUCAAGGAGGAUGGAAUCAACAGGGUGCCAAUAAUUCCAGUACAAAUAGUUAUCAACGUGGCGGCUACAAUAGGGGCAGAGGCAGACAAUACUGAAGAUGUUACUUUAUACUUUUAAUGCUAAUAAAAGUUUCUCACGAAGAGACGAUGAGUGUUAGAAUAUUAAAAUAAUUACAGUGAUUACAAUCACUAUCACUUACGCUUAUACUAUACUCACAUGUAACUUUGGUCUCAAAAUAUCUGAGUUCAGAAUAUUUAUGAUAAAGAUACUGAAUUAUGUUGUUUUUACAUCACAGCUGUAACUAACAAUUCGAAAUUGUAAUAUUUACGUAAGAUAGAAUUAUUAUUUAUCUCUUUCGAAUGAGGAGUGUCACUCUUGUAAUGAUAGUUUUUAAUCUCACUGUUAUAUUAUUUAGGCGUGUGUAUAUUGAAUUAUGUUUUCUAUACAAAUUGAAUCUAAUAAAGACGCAAUAAUUAUGUAAAUACAUACUUAUUCGUCUGUCGGAAGUAGCGGAGUGAAAUUAAUUUAUUAUAACACUAGGAAGAUUGUAAAUCAAGUCUUAAAUUUUGUAUUGGCUCGCGCAUUAUAUGUAUUAAAAUAUAUUAAAUGAGCAACACUGUGUGCUUGUGUAAGCGUAAUAUAAGAUUAUCAAUAUACAAAAAAUUUUCCUUACAUGAGAAAACCAAAA